AUGGAGUUUCAUUAUCCUUCAGCAUAUUCAACACCGACUACUUUAAAUCAUUUACAAAUGAAUACAAAUGAAAACAUAAUUUCUAUUCAAAAUACUAAUGAUCUAUUGAAUAUAUCAACAAAUUCAUUUCAUUAUAAUGUAAGGCAUAUACCAUCAUCAUCGUCAUCAUCAUCAUCAUCAUCAGAACUUCAGUAUAAUGAUAAUAUGAAUACAAUUGAGAAAUUAUCAAAUAUAUUAUUGGAUAAAGUACAAGAAGAAGUACAAGAAGAAGUACAAGAAGAAGUAGAAGAUGAAGUAGAAGAAGAACAAGAACAAAAACAUCAACAAAUAGAAAUAGAAGUACAAGUCAAUAAUCAUGAAGGAUAUGAAACAUUGAAACAAUUCGAUAUAUAUAAUAUAACUUCAUCACAAUUGAAUUUUGAUGAAUCAACAUCAAGUAUUGAAACAUUGAAUAAUUUAUCAAGUUAUUUUAAUUUAUCAAAUGAAUAUAAUACUCAUAUUGAUUGGUUAUCUCAAUUAUCACAAACAUCAACAACAACAACAAGAACAACAGCAAUAGCAGCAACAGUAACAGCAGUAGCAACAACAACAACAACAAUGAGUUGUGAAUCAAUUUUAACGAAUAAUAGUUGUAUAAGUCCAUCAUGGAAACAUAAUGAAUAUGUACAUUAUUCUUAUACAAAUUGUUCAACAGAUAUGAAUAUUUCACAGCAACAAGAGCAACAAUCACAACAACAAGCACUAACAUCACCUCCAUCACCAUUACCACCACCACCACCACAACAACAACAACAACAACAACAGAUAGAAUAUGAACAAAAUGAACAGAAAACAUUUCAAGAAUUUCAUAAUGUUCAAUAUAAUCAAUUAGAUGAAAUGUUAUAUAAAUAUCCAAUUCAUAAUAAUAGUUUCUAUGAUAAUAUAAUCGAAUCCUAUAAUACAAUAGAUAUGACUAAAAAUAUUCAAUCUAUUCAAGAAGGAUUAAAUAUUGAUCCAUAUCAUAUAUCAUAUAAUACUCCUAUUCAAUCAUUAGAUACUACUUAUAUGAAUAAUAAUAAUAAUAGUAGUAGUAUAAUCAAUAAUCAAUAUAAUAAUAAUGAUAAUAUAUUCAUGAAAUUACAUCAACAUAUUACACCUAUACAUCAUAAUGAACAAUCAAUCACAUAUCCUAUGACUUAUGAUGAUCAUAAUGAUCAUGAUCAUUAUGAUCAUCAUAAUAAGAAAUUACAAACAUAUCAAUUAAAUACAUUUAAUAAAUCUCAAUCUUAUUUAAUGAAUGAAACAAAAAAUCAAUAUUUCGAUUGUCAAUUAUGUUCAUUAGAUAGUACUUAUUCCUUAGUUACAAAAUCUCAAUCAAAUUUUAAUCAAUCAAUCAAUCAAUUAAAUUGGAAAAAUUAUCCUCAAACUAUCAUGAAUUAUCAAUGCAAUUCUAUCUAUGAAACAAUGAAUAAUAAUCAAUAUUUUCAAGAGAAUUCUACAAAAUCAUUCAAUGAAUCUUAUAUUCCAUCUUAUAAUCAAUAUAUCAAUAUUAAUGAUAAUUAUAAUGAUCAUAAUUAUCAUGAUAAUCAUGAACAAUUUAUGAUACAUAAAAGAAAACAAUAUAAAAAACAUGAAACAAUAAAUUAUAAAAAUCGAUUAAAAUCAAUAUUACCCCAGCAACAACAACAACGGUCAUCCCCAUCAUCCCAACAACAACAACAACAACAAUCUAAAGCAACAACAACAACAAAAUUAACUAAAUUAUUUUAUAUUACUAAUGAACAAUUAAGUAGUUUACUUCCAUUGAUAACAUGUAAUGAAAUUCAUGAUAUCCUUCAACAAUUUAAUCCAUCCAAUACAAUGGGACAAUUUCAAACGAUAUGUAUUAAUAAUAAUAAUAAUGAUAGUAAUCAUAAUUCAAUGAAUAAUCCUAUUUAUUUUCAAUUAAAAGAACAAAAAAUUUGGUCAGAUAUAUAUUUACAUAAUACUGAAAUGAUAGCUACAAAUACAGGAAGACGUAUAUUUCCAUCAUUAUCCAUUGAUGUAUUUGGUUUAAAUCCAACUGAUCAGUAUAUUUUCUUAAUGGAUAUGCUAUUAAUACAACCUCAUAUAUUUAAACAUCAAGGUGAUCGUUGGAUUAUUAGUAGUCAAUCGGAAGUACUAAAUAAUCCCCAAACAUUAGAUGGUAAAUAUUAUAUACAAGAAGAAUCCCCUAAAACUGGUGCAUAUUGGAUGGAAUCUGGUGUAAAUUUUACUCGUGUUAAAAUUACAAAUAAUAAAGAAAUAAAACCAAAUAAGAAUAUGAUUCAUGUUCAUAGUAUGCAUUAUUAUAUUCCAAGAAUUUCUAUUGUUCGUCUAAAGAAUUUUAUUGAUAAUCAAUCAAAUCCAUAUUAUCCAACAACUAAUUCAUCAGCAAUAUCUAAUCCAUCAAAUCAAUUAGAAUUAAUUGGUUCUUAUAUAAUACCUGGUACACAAUUUUAUACAGUUACAGCUUAUCAAAAUCCAGAUGUAAUACGUAUAAAAAUUAAUAAUAAUCCAUUUGCUAAAGGAUUUCGUAAUCGUCAAGAUACAGAUGAUUUUAAUGAUUUAGCUGUUUUAUCUGUUAUGAAUUCAAGGAACAAAUAUAUAACAAUGACAACAUCGAUAACAACAUCGUCAUCUUUACCAGUAUCAUCGAUUAAUUUUUCCAAAAACACACAUAGCAACUGUUCAAAUGAAAAUUAUCAAUGCUAAUUUGUAUUUGUAUUGUUUUGCUUUUUCUUUUUUGGUUUCUUUUCUCAAUAUUUCUCUUGUUUUUCAUAGUUAUCCUUAAACGUUUUGUAAAUAUUUGUUGAAUGAGUCUAUUUUUCAAAAAAAAACUACAUUAUCUUCUAUAUUUGCAAUGAGUUUUAUGAUUCAUUAAUCGUUCGUUAGUAUAAAGGGGUGGGAAAAUUUAACGUUUAAAUUUUAACUACUCAUAGUAGUAUAAAAUUUAAGGAAUCAAUAAGUAGGUUAGAAGAUCAGUAUAAGGGUUGUGGAGAUGAUUAAGUUUUUGAUUGAGAUGAUGGUGAUCUAACAUCAAUCGGUUCAUGAUC